GGGUGUUUUGAAUAAUUAUUAAAAUUAGCAUGUGUCUGCGCCAUCCUGUGGGUGUGGCGCACAGCAGAGUGUAAACUCUAGCGGGGCUGGAGCAAACAUUGGAUUAGCGGCAGCAGCCUGACAGCCUGCCCGAGGAGUGUGAGGACCAGAGCGCGGCACACCGACCCGCACGAUGGCCUCGUCUCAAGGGAAGAACGAGCUGAAAUUCGCCGACUGGAUGGCAACUCUGCCGGAGACCAUCCACAGCAUCCCCCUCACCAAUUUAGCCAUCCCAGGAUCUCAUGACUCCUUCAGCUUCUACAUUGAUGAAGCCUCUCCAGUGGGGCCUGAACAGCCAGAAACUGUCCAGAAUUUUGUCUCGGUGUUUGGAACUGUGGCCAAAAAGCUGAUGCGGAAAUGGCUAGCCACUCAAACAAUGAACUUUACUGGUCAGCUAGGAGCCGGGAUCCGUUACUUUGAUCUUCGCAUUUCCACCAAGCCCAGAGACCCCGACAAUGAACUCUACUUUGCUCACGGGUUGUUCAGCGCCAAAGUCAAUGAAGGCCUUGAGGAGAUCAACGCAUUCCUCACAGAUCACCAUAAGGAGGUAGUUUUUUUGGACUUCAACCACUUUUAUGGGAUGCAGAAAUACCACCAUGAAAAACUGGUCCAAAUGCUGAAAGACAUCUAUGGAAAUAAAAUGUGCCCAGCAAUUUUUGCCCAGGAAGUGAGUCUGAAGUACCUGUGGGAGAAGGACUAUCAAGUUCUAGUCUUCUACCACAGUCCAGUGGCUCUGGAAGUACCCUUUCUCUGGCCUGGGCAGAUGAUGCCAGCACCCUGGGCCAACACCACAGACCCAGAAAAACUGAUCCAGUUUCUUCAGGCAUCCAUCACUGAGAGAAGGAAGAAAGGCUCGUUUUUCAUAUCUCAGGUGGUGCUGACCCCCAAAGCUAGCACCGUGGUCAAAGGGGUGGCCAGUGGUCUCAGAGAAACGAUCACAGAAAGGGCUCUUCCUGCCAUGAUGCAGUGGGUCCGCAUGCAGAAGCCAGGAGAAAGUGGCAUCAAUAUUGUCACUGCCGAUUUUGUAGAACUUGGUGAUUUCAUCAGCACUGUCAUAAAGCUCAACUAUGAAUUUGAUGAAGGAGAAGCCAACACUUGAUAGUACCAUUUGGAGUGUCCUUGAAUAAGAUAGAGAAGACUCACUGUAUUAGGCAUAUUAUCUAUUAACACUGAUUUUCCUAUUCCACUGAGUCUCUGAGGGAAUAAGGGCUGAAAGUGGGUGGGAAAGGGGAGAAAACAUUUCUUCAGUGAUUAUUAUCAUAUUCUUCCUUACUAUAAAUAUUUCAUUUCCCAUUUGAUGAGCAAAACCUACUUCUAGUGUUAGGGAUUUAAAAGAAAGACUAGCCAAUUUUGUUUUACAGAAUUAGUCUUUGUAACUUAUGAGUGUUUACCUCCUUGUGUUCUGAUUUCAACCUAGCGCUCCUACACUGUAUCCUCUAAAUGAAACUUUCUGCUCCCUCUCUUGCUCGCUCUUUUGAAUCAGAUGCUAUGUGGGACUUAAAAUAAUUGAAUGCCCAACAUAACGUAUAUUACAUUGUUGUACUGAAAUUUACUUGUUUUGUGGGACUAGGUAAAAUAUUCUGUAGUCUGCAAUCUUGCUAACCUUUGGACACGGACAACAUGCAUUAAAUCAGCUUCUCUGCAUCAGUAAUAGUGGAGGCCAUAAUCCAUAAUUUUGUGUUAUAUAUAGAAAACAAUAGUGUUUCACAGUAUUUCUACUUAAGGCAGCUAUAAAUAUAGAGUAAAAACUUUUGUGGAAGAACUAUUAGUGCCAACUCCAUAGUGAAAAAUGGGGAUGGGGAAGGAGAUGGAUGUCAUUUUAAUUUAGAAAUCUCUUAAAUACAUUGUCCCACAAAUGCCCAGUAAAUGACAAAUUAUGGCAAGAGUGUUAAAAAUCAGAAAACUCUGAACUCUUACAAAAGUUCUUCUAACAAUUUUCUUGACUGGAAAACAAGGAAGAAGGGGAUGAAGUGAAAGUUUGCACAAACUUUCCUAUCAAAUUGAGAUUUGCAAAUACGUGAUUCUAAAUCACAGAUUUUUAGGAACGUAUUUUGAGAAACUUUGACUUGAUUUACGUGAUGUUGAAGAAAAAGGAAGGGUGGCAGAAGGAAUUAGGGUAAUGUUUUUGAAGUCAUGUCCAUGAAUUCUCAAGGAUCCAUGAAACAUCCGUAGGAGAAUCUUAAAUACAUGUGAUCUGGGCAGACCUACUAAAAAUUGGCACUGACCAUAACUUUUGGUUCCUUCCUACUCCGGGGUCAAGUUUGAGGCAGAGGUCAAAGUUUCACAGAAAAGGUGUCUGCCAUCCACCAUUGAUAAUUCAGAUGUAUGAGGAAGAAAAAUGGUAAAGCAAUUUUGGGCAUUGCUUCCCCUUUGGUGUCUUUGUUCUGUUUCACAUUUUUAAAAAAUCUUAAAAGAGCAUGAUUACUCUUACCUAUAUGCCUCACAGGAAUACUGUGUGUCAUUUAUAAAAAUCUAUUGUUGCUGAUAUUCUUACAAUUAUGUAUUAUUUUAUC